GGCGCACUGGACAUCGAUUGCUGGAUAUAGCCGUGCUGUCACGCCUGCUCUACUGACACGCGCCUUCUCGUCCUCUUGCUCGCUUCUCUCUUCCUUACCUUCAAGUACCUUCACUUUCAACCCAAGAAGCGAUUCAAGUAUGGCCGAUCUGACGUUGACCCCGCCGCAGUCUGCGCCGAAGUGGAACCAUUCGGCGGAGGACAUUUUGAAGUUGACGAAGGAGGCGAUCCAGAAGGAUAGAGAGUUUAUGGAUAGGAUCGGGAAGUUGCCCAAGGAUCAGUGCAACUUUGAGACAGUUUUCCUCGCCCUCGCCAACGAAGAAGCCGAGUUCGAUAACAUUGCCGAACCGCUCGCGUUCUACCAAAAUGUCUCACCCUCGAAGGAACUCCGCGACGCCUCCAACGAAGCUGAAGUGCUCACACGCGACUAUGGCGUCGAGGCAUCUAUGCGUCUCGAUGUAUUUGCCGCCAAGCAAGCUGCGGAGGCGAACAUCAAAGCUUCAGGGAAGAAACUGAACGAUGAGGAGCAGAGGCUAGUGGAGAAGAUGUUAUUGGAAGGCAGGAGGGCUGGGUUGGCAUUGCCGGAGAAGGAGAGGACAGAGUUGAUGGGUUUGAAGAAAGAGUUGUCGCAGGUUUGCUUGGAGUUCAGCAAAAACUUCAACGAGGAGAAUGGUAUCGUCAGCUUCACCCUCGAGGAGCUCAAGGGCGUCCCCAACGAUGUCGUCUCCGGCUACACAAAACGCACCGAAAACGGCAAAGAACUCUACGACGUCACUCACAAGACCCCUGACAUCUUCCCUGUCUUCAAGUACGCUGAGAACGCCGAUACGCGUCGACGAGCGCACGAGAGCUACGAGGCCAGGCUUUCGAUCAAUGUUCCUUUGCUAUCAAAGGCCUUGGAACUCCGUCGCAACAUCGCCGCCUUGCUUGGGUACAAAACAUGGGCUGACUACGUCACGGAGGUCAAGAUGAUCAAGAAUGCUCAAGGUGUCGAAGAGUUCCUCGACGAUCUCGAACAGCGUCUUCGUCCUGUUGGCCUUCGCGAACGCGAAGUCCUCCUCGCACUCAAAAAAGAAGAGCUCACGUCCAAGGGUCUGCCCUUUGACGGUGAAUUCAACAUCUGGGACUACCGUUACUACGACCGCAAGUUUAUCGAAGAGUCCCUUUCUCUGGACGACUCGCUCGUGAAGGAGUAUUUCCCUGUAUCUGUUGUCGUGCCGGUGAUCUUGGAGAUCUAUCAGAGCUUGCUGAGCGUGAGGUUCAAGGAGGUCAAGAAGGAGGAAGCGAGCACCUGGUUUGAGGAAGUGCAGAUGUUUGAGGUUUGGCAGGAGGGUGCAAAGGACGAGACUGGGUUCGUGGGGUACUGUUACUUGGAUCUGUUCCCCCGUGCCUCAAAAUACUCCCAUGCAGCAGUCUGGCCUCUUCUCCCCGGCUACCAACUCUCCUCAGGCAAGCGACAGUACCCGAUCGCAGCCAUGGUGGCCAACCUCGCGAAACCGACGCCGGAUCGCCCGGCGCUGAUGAGGCACGAUGAUGUCGUGACAUUCUUCCAUGAGAUGGGACAUGUGUUCCACGGGCUUUUGAGCAAGACCCAAUUUGCGAGGUUCCAUGGGACGAGUGUGGCGCGCGAUUUCGUCGAGGCGCCUUCGCAGAUGUUGGAGAACUGGUGCUGGGAGCCGAAAGUGCUGGAGAAGAUGUCAAGCCAUUACGAGACGAGCAAACCACUCUCGGCGGAUCUGAUUGAAAAGAUUGUGAAGAGCCGCUACGUGAACGUAGGCCUGUUCUACCUCCGCCAACUUUUCUUCGCCAAGUUCGACCUCAAGGUCCACGUCGACAACAAAGCGGAAGAUUACACAGCGCUGUGGAAUAAUCUCCGUGAGCAUAUUUCGCUCGUGAAGGGCGGUAAGCCAGGGCCUGGACAGGGAAGCUUUGGACAUAUCGUCGGCGGAUAUGACGCUGGGUAUUACGGAUACACCUAUUCCCUCGUCUUCGCCGCGGAUAUGUAUGCGACGGUAUUCAAGAAGGAUCCGUUGGAUCCUGCGCUUGGGAUGAAGUACAGGGAGUGUAUCUUGAAGCCGGGAGGAAGCAGGGAAGAAACGGAAUCACUCAAAGCGUUCCUUGGGAGGCCACCAAACUCGGAGGCGUUCAUGAAGGAGAUGUUCGGGACGGAGGCUUCGACUGCUGCUAGCCUGUGAAGUGUGAACGAACCUUUCCAUUCCAUUCAGCUUGCAAGUUGGCGGUUAGCAUCCGAAAAAUUCCUCCCGUCACCGACAUGGUAGUUCAAAGUUAGUAUCCGCAUCCGCGAAUUCUCCCGUUUCUGAAUCUCCCCACCGGCGAAUCGUGGUUGGCGGGUGGGACCGUGCGUUCGGUUUGUGUGCGUUGGUGAGAGUUUCGGCGGUUCGUUCUAUUAUCAGCAUCAGGAUGGGGUGGGUAUGGUAGGUAAAUUACAAACGGGUGGAUGCGUGGUGACGGGGCUCUAGUGACGAACGACGCAGUGGACGGUGUGCAUAGCAAUUUCUGUAUAAAUAGCAAGCAUCCACAUAUCGCAUCUUCUUUCAUGUUUC